GAUCCUCCCCCGCCUCAAACACACCGGCACUGAUUUUGUUUUCUGGCAUGAAUUUCGACAAAUCGUAAAUCUCAUUUUGAGCCUUUCAGAUUGAUAUUAUUGAAGAUCAAUUAGAUAGUAUUACCGGUUCAGUUAUCCUCGUUCGAGAUACUUUCUCAUGGCAGACCAUCAUUCCGAUAAAGGUGUGAGUACAGAUAAUGUUUCUGUUAAAAGUGUGGAAUCGGAAUCGGAAUCAGCUGGUGUGGCAAAUCAACAUUCUGAUGUUGCAGAUAAACAUUCAGAUAAAGGUGACAGAAUAGCUGAAGUUGCACUCGAAAGUUUGAAACCGAAAGGUGGUGCAGAGAAACAGUCAGAUAAAAAUGAAACUAUAGCUGAAGUUGCUCGUGUUGCGGAUGAACAUUCAGAUAAAGGUGACAGAAUAGCUGAAGUUGCAAUUGAAAGUCUGAAAUCAGAAGGUGUUGCAGAUAAACGUCCGGAUGAAGGUGAAAGUAUAGCUGAAGUUGCUCUAGAUGCUUUGAAAUCAAAAGGUGUUGCAGAUAAACAUUCAGAUGAAGAGGCUUCUGGAUCAACGGUGGAGAUUAAUAUCAAGACGCUAGAUUCACAGUUACACAACUUUAUUGUCGAUAAAAAUAUGUUAGUUUCGACAUUCAAGGAGACUAUAGCUAGUGAAGUCGGCCUUCCAGUUGAUCAGCAGCGGCUGAUUUUUAGAGGCAAGGUGUUGAAAGAUGAAGACCGUCUUUCAGAAUACCAUGUUGAAAGUGGACAUACACUGCAUCUAGUGAAUAGACAACCAUCUGAAUUUCAACCCUCAUCUGGCUCGCCCAAUGUGGAGACAGCUGCAAGGAGCAGCAAUGCAGGACAAGAUGAUAAUGUGACCGGUACACGUCCUCGCGUCGGGCAUGUUUCACAUAGUGUAGUUCUUGGGACAUUCGGCGUCGGAGAGCAAGAUGAAGGCGGCAGUCCAGAUGUAAAUCAGGUGAUUGGGGCAGUUCUUAAUUUCUUUGGGCAGGGCCUCAUCGCUGGUACCGGCACAACGCAACCACACAUGCAGUUCAGUAUGCCCAUGCAAGUUGCUCUUGGAAAUGAGACGGGAAAUCAGUCGCAGCCUAGAAGUCCUCGUCAAUCAAUGCCUCAAGGGUAUCAAAUCCCAGUGGGAUCAGUGCCAGCUGUACCUACACUUGCCACGCCAAUACCUGAGUCCUUACACACGCUUUCUGAGUUCAUGAACCACAUGGACCGAGCAUUAUCUCAAAAUGGAAAUAGUACGGAAGGCUUCCCGUCUGUAGAACUACCCUCCAAUGCUCGUGGCUUGCCGUCAGUAGCAGCUUUGGCAGUUGUCAUGCGACAAGCACAACGUCUUCUUAGUGGGCCCGCUGUUGAUUCUUUAUCUCAUACCGCAAGAAGGCUAGAGGAACAGGAGGGUUCAAGUGACGUCACGGUGAGAACCCAGAUUCAAACGGAAGCAAUGCAGUCGGGGCUUGCUAUGCAGCAUUUAGGUGCUCUUUUGCUAGAGCUAGGUCGUACGAUGCUGACGUUGCGUAUCGGACAGUCACCCGCUGAAUCUUCUGUAAACGCUGGGCCUGCUGUUUACAUAUCUCCUUCCGGUCCUAAUCCUAUUAUGGUUCAGCCGUUCCCUCUGCAAACUAGUUCUCUCUUCGGUGGGUCCGCUGGUCCUGUUGGAAUAGGAGCCGUUCCACGACACCUUAACAUACAUAUCCAUCCUGGUCCAAGGGCAACUAAUGUCGAAUCAAACCUAGGAGCACACGCUAACAUAAACGCUGGAGUCAGCUCACAAGCCAGAGGUGUUGGUGAUCACAUGAGAAGUGGAAAUCAGAGUUCUGUCGGCCAAGCAGAUGCUGGUCUUUCAGAGGAUGUAGGAGGCACAAGAAUGAAAUCUUUAAGUGAAACGGAAGGUGGUUCGUCAUCAUUCAGUCGAAGGAACAUUCCCCUUGGACUUGGCCCGGGAGGUUUACAACCUAAAAGACGAAAUCGGCCGACAAGAUUAGAGGCGAGUAGUAGUGGCGUUUCUACUUCAUCGGCUGGAGGCCAACUGGAUCCUGCAGCAACCAUGAAUCAACUUAUGCAAAAUCCCGCUUUAAAUAAUCUUUUAGCUGGUGUUUCGAAUCAAAAUGGGUCCGGAUCACCGGAUUUAUUUAGGAAUUUAAUGAGUCAAGUUGCGCAAAACCCUGAAAUGAUGAACACAGUCAAUCAGUUUGCUCAACAUAUGGAUGGUAAUCAAGAUUUAAGUAGCAUGUUGGCGGGCAUGGGUGGGUCCGGUGGCAGUGGCAGCGGCAACCUUGAUAUGUCGAGUUUGGUUCAACAGAUGAUGCCGUUUGUUUCUCAAGCUCUCAAUAGUGGUAGUGGAAGUGGGAGUUCAAGUUCAAAUAAGCUUCAAUCUGUACCAUCUAGAAAAGGCACGCUUCAUCGACGUUCCAGUAGUGUGAAGAGUUUGAACAUUAAUGAAAGAUCGAGUGAAUUUCAGAUGAACCUUGAAAACGCGGCCCAGAAAAUAGUGGAACAUUACCCACCUCUAGAAAUAUUCUCAUCAAUAGUCCAAACUGCUGCUGCUUUACGCAACGAUGUUUAUGAUACAAAUGCUAUUAAUGCAUUAUGUAUGGAAGAGGAGCUUGCUCAGGAAUUUAUGGAAAUGUUGAAGCGUGACAUUUCUCGACGGCUUCAGUAGAUGAUGAUCAUUGCAACUCUUUCUUUUUCCCUCCAUUUGUUUCUACGUUUUUGGUUGUUUUGGCGGGUGAGGUCGAGGAUCUUUGUAAGGAGUAACCUGUGGUGAUAUCAGUUGAAGAAUUAUUGGCUUCUUGAUAAAUUUUGUUGGUGCAUUUGUCAAUCUUAUUGUUUUGUCUUAGGUUAUAU